AUGGCGUUGGGUAAGCCCAAGACAAUCACUGGCGGCUGUCUUUGCGAAGGAGUACGGUUCCGGAUCGAUUUCUCGGAAGAUCAUGAUUGGAAACGCGGGCCUCAUACGUGCCAAUGCACCCAAUGUCGCAAAAACUGCGGAAGUCUGAUCUACAACUUCCACUCCGUCACCAGCACUGAGUUAACAUGGCUCUCCAAAGCCACAUACGCGGAGUACAAUUCCUCCCCAGGCUGCUACCGAGCAUUCUGCAAGACCUGCGGUUCCACCCUAUCAUGGUCUAAUCAUUCUGACAAUGAUGAAAUUGAACUCGCUGUUGGUACUUUCGACGAGGAAUACUUGGUGGGUGGAAGGGAUGAAGAGGAUCAACCUAAGGGGACUUAUGGAGUGGCUUUGGCGAAUCUGGCUGGUGAUCAUUUUUAUGUUAGAAAUGAUAUUAAGGGUGUCACUGAUUGGAUUUCUAAGGAGGGGACGAGAUUUUGGACGGGAAGUGAAGGAGGGCCGGUUGGGGAGGGAAAAUGA